ACAGCAGCGGCUCUGAUCUCACUUCUCUUUGCCUCGGGGCUCAUGGUUCCUCUCUGUGGCCGCGGAGCUGUGACCUUGAUGGGAUGAGGGUGUUCAGGUUGUGUGUUAAAAGUGUGUUGGACCUGGUUGAACUGUGACCGAUGCGGACUAAAGCUCUGACUCGAUCGGAGGAUCCACUGGACGGCUUGAAAAGAGCGUCUGAUACCGACCAGGAUGCGGCGGUGAGACUCGACCAGGAGCGGGCUGAGAUAGUCGCCAAAUAUGACAAGGGAAAGGAGGCCACUGUGGAGCCCUGGGAGGACACCAACUUCCACCUGUACAAAGUCAUCGACCGCUUUGGCUUCGUCCAUCAGAACGAACUUCCAUCCUACGACUCGGUGGAGGAGAAGCAAAAACACACGGAGGUGGAGAGAACCAGCAAGUGGCUGAAGAUGCUGAAGAGCUGGGACAAGUACAAGAACAGUGAGAAGCUGGUCAGGAGAGUCUAUAAGGGAAUUCCCCUGCAGCUCCGAGGGGAGGUGUGGUGCCUGCUGCUCGAUAUCCCCAAAAUCAAGGAGGAGAAGAAAGACUAUUACGAAAAAUUAAAAGCCAGAGCCAGAGGACUCUCAACUGACAUCCGACAAAUUGACCUGGAUGUGAACCGGACGUACAGGGACCACAUCAUGUUCAUGAACCGCUACGAUGUCAAGCAGCAGGCUCUCUUCCAUGUCCUCACUGCCUACUCCAUAUACAACACGGAGGUGGGUUACUGCCAGGGCAUGAGUCAGAUUACAGCUCUGCUGCUGAUCUACAUGAACGAAGAAGACGCCUUCUGGGCUCUGGUCAAACUGCUGUCUGGACAGAAGCACGCCAUGCACG